AUGGUGUGCGAAGAAUGUGGGGCCAACCUUGCAGACACGGCAAAGUUCUGCCCGCAAUGUGGUACAAAGGUGAAAGACGAGCCAAACCUGCCCAAAGAAAUGGAAUGCAAAGAUGAUCUACGAAUACUUCUUGUUGGACAUACUGGCCAUGGCAAAAGUGCAACUGGGAACUCGCUUCUUGGAGUCACAAGAAAAGAAGGAUUUCAUGACGAAAUGAGCCAAGUAUCUGUUACAGAGAACUACAAGAGACUGGUACAACAAAGAUUUGGAAGGAAAGUAGAAGUUGUGGAUACCCCUGGAAUUUUUGACAGCUCCAUGAAUGACGAGUCAGUGAUUAAACAAAUUGCCCAAUGUGUAGGUUUGACAUUGCCAGGCUUCAAUGCUAUCUGCUUAGUUCUGCAACCAGGAAGGUUUUCAAUGGAAAUGGUCAAAACUGUGGACAUUUUCUUAAAAUUUUUUGGAAAAGGCGUUGAUGAAUAUGCAUUCCUAAUUUUGACUCACAUGGCCUCUGAAGAAGAUAUGAUAGAAUACAUAAAUGCAGGGGACAAAAAGCCUGGUGACAAGGGACACAAGUCAUUUAUUAAGCUCAGACAACGCUGUAAGGAUAAAAUAUUGUUCAUUGACAAUAAGGCCAAGAAAUAUCCUAAAGAAGAAAUGGUAUGGAAGAUUCUAGCAGCAGUGGAUAAAGCCAAUGCCAAAGCACCAAAACCAUACUUCCAAAACAAACUUACAAAAGAGAUACAGCAAAGAGCUACAGAUUUUUAUCUGAGUCAGGUCUGUGGCAAUGGAUCUGAGCGAGCCAAAGAAGAUCUAAGAAUUCUUCUCCUUGGACUUCCUGGCCAUGGAAAAAGUGCAACUGGGAACUCACUCCUGGGAGAAACCCUUUUUCCUGAAAAGGCAGAAAAUGUAGCAGAAGAGAAAGCAAUGGUGAACAAACUUGAAAAGCUGAACCAUGGCUACCAAUCGACAACCAAACACUGA